AUGGCUCGCGAAACUACGGAACACAUUUUUGUCUCAUGUAAGGUGGCACAAGAAACAUGGCAGAUCAUCACUCAAUGGGGAAAGUUUCCAGUCUUUUUUGCUUUCGACACACCGGAUUUGUUCAUACUGCAUAAGCAUAUGGGGUUUUCAAAAAAGAAAGCAAAGGUGAUUCAUGCGGUAAUUCUCAUCACAAUGUGGUGCUUAUGGAAGGCCCGGAAUGAACUGAUUUUUAAUCAAAAACAUACGUCUCUACCGCAAAUCAUUGAGGAGGUCAAAGGACUUGGUUUCUUGUGGGUGAGAUCGAGAGCAAAAGGUUUGACGAUUAACCGGGAAAAAUGGAGGUCUUUGGAUGUGGACUGA